GGCAGCCAUGCUGUGCGCCCUGCUUCUCCUGCCCGGCCUGCUGGGGACCGGCACGGCCAGCCCCAUGGCGGGGCCCCAGCUGUGUGCCCGGGGCUCCGCGCAGUGGUGCCGGGACCUGCAGGCGGCAGCGAGCUGCGGGGCCGUCGGGCACUGCCGAAGCACCGUUUGGAGCCAGCCCACCGCCAGGUCCCUGCCCUGCGACGUGUGCCGGGCCGUGGCGGCCGCCUCGGCUGACGGGCUGAACCCCGAGGCCACAGGGGCCGACAGCCUGGCUGCGAUGACGAAGACCUGCGAGUGGCUCCCCAGCCAGGAGUCUUCAGCCAGGUGCAAGCGGAUGGUGGAGGCCCACAGCCCGGCCGUCCUGAGCCUGCUGGGUGGAGGCCCGGAUGCCGCCCCGGCACGGGUGUGCACGGCGCUCGCCCUCUGUGAGCCGCUGCAGAGGCACCUGGCCGCCCUGGGGCCUCUCUCCCAGGAGGACGCAGCCCAGGUGGCGGCUCCUUUCCUGGCCAACGGGGCCCUCAGCUUCCACCCCCCACCGGUGCCGGAGGGUGCCGUGUGCCGAGACUGCGUCCGGCUGGUCGCCCGGCUGCAGGACGCUCUCCAAGCCAACCUGUCGCUGGCAGAGGUGGACACCCACAAACAGUGCGAGUCCCUGGGGCCUGGCCUGGGGCUCCUGUGUGACAACUACCUCCGGCAGGUGUCCGGCCCCGCCGAGCGCAGCCUGAGGCUCCUCUCGCCCCAGGACAUCUGCGGCCAGGGGGGUUUCUGCGAGCAGCCCCCGCCGGCCGGCCGGGACCCCUCCCUGGAGCUGGUGCUGCCGGGGAAGAAGAGUGAGGUGCAGAUGAAGGCCGGCCUGACCUGCGAGGUGUGCCUGGACGUGGUCCAGGAGCUGGACCGGUGGCUGCUGUCCAACCGCACGGAGGACCUCAUCGACCACGCCCUGGAGCGAGUGUGCGCCAUGAUGCCCACCUCCAUGGUCCAGCAGUGCGUCUCCUUCGUGGACACCUACAGCCCCUCCUUGGUGCAGCUGGUGGCCCAGAUCUCCCCAGAGACGGUGUGCACGGCCAUCCGGCUGUGCAACAGGCGGAGGCGGGCCCGGGCCACCCACGGGGGCCCCGCAGAGCUGCUGCCGCUGUCGCCGGGCGAGGAGACCCAGGGCCGCUUCUGCGGCAGCUGCAGGCGGCUGCUGGGUGUGUCCUCCCAGAACCUGGAGCGCUCCAGCACCAGGAGGGACAUCCUGAACGCCUUCAAGGGCGGCUGCAGCAUCCUGCCGCUGCCCUACAAGCUGCAGUGCACCCGCUUCGUCACCCAGUACCAGCCCAUUGUCAUCCAGAGCCUCAAGGAGAUGAUGGACCCCGUGACCGUGUGCAGCAAGCUGGGGGCCUGCCACGGCCCCCGGGCCCCGGUGCUGCUGGGCACCGACCAGUGCGUCCUGGGCCCCAGCUUCUGGUGCGGGAGCCUGGAGGCCGCCGAGAUGUGCGGCGCCACGCAGCACUGCCAGCGCCUCGUGUGGCAGCAGGCGGCCGCCUACGCGGGAAAGCGCCCGUGA